AACAAAUCUAGUGUUACAUCUAUCAUUUUUGAUGCUAAUACUACAAACAUCAUUAUCAUGUAAUCCAGGCUAUUUUUAACGACACCGACUCUUGUAGAGCCUGCCAUCCCAGCUGAUCUACAUGCACCACCUACCAUACUUGCACUGCCUGCCAGGCCAGUUUUACUCCCAAUGGAAGCACUGGACUCUGAGAGAAGGAAUUGUGACCACAAGGCGAGUUUUAUUCGAACUCAGCAGAGCUUUGAUUUGAGUGAGGAGGUGGAUGCUCAGAGCAGUGAGCGUAUCAAGAGAGUUGUUAUGUUUGAGCAUCUGGAGAGUAUUUUGAUUUAGACUCUUUUGCAUGUGUCUCUUCUUGUGAUCCAAUGACUCGGAUGGGUAUUGAAGAUGUGAGGUUAGGAGGGAUUCCGGUUUGUAGAGGUUUUGACUAUUUUGUCAACCCAUUGAGCACAAGUACGACCGAGUUAGGGACGAUCGAGCAUCCUUACAAAGAAUUGAAUUCUGUAUUUGUUGAACUCUUUCAUUUUCAUUCUCAUUCUGACAGACAAAUUACUAUCCAUCUUUAUCAAGAUACUACAAAUUAUGUCAGAGAAGGAACUUAUUUGCUCAAUAUCACCAACGUCAAAAUCAUAUCAUAUUCCUUAGAAGAGCUUCAAACAAGGAAGGCAAAAAUAGUUGCUAUCGAAAGAGAAAGUACCAAUUCUCCACAGCUGCUACCAUCUCAGUUUAUCUUACUUAGUUCAUCAGCUAUUGAUUACUCUUCUUCGAUCUCUUCAGACUCUAAAAUUUCAAGUGAAGACAAAGCACUUCUGACCAGCUCUGGCAACCCUAUUCUGUAUCUCUACAAGUGUGGGAUUACGCUUGAGAAUGUAUAUAUGGCAACUGAAUAUACAAGUCUUUCUGUAGAUAAAGUGUUUAUCUCUCCAGUCCAGAUGGGCUCGAAGCUCUUACAAAUUAGGAAUUCCAAAGUUAUGCACGAAGGGAGGUUCCUGGCAACACAACAGCAAAUGUCAUUGGAAGUAAUUGGCUCUGAGUUCGAUUUACAUAAGUCCCAAGGAGGAUUUUAUUUGCAGCUAUCUUGUAUCCAAGGUCAACAAGCAUUAGGUGUUAUGACUAAAGUUGAGAAUACAAAGUUUUACUUCUCGCAAGAUCCUUCUGAUUUGAUUACAACUAAUUUUCCACCCUUUGUGCAGUAUGGAGGUCAAGAUAUUUCCUUCUUCAAUGUCACUCUGAUGUUUUACGGAGACAGUGGCUCAAAUGGAUACAAUUUCUUGCUGAGACCAGACCAGACAUGAGAUACAACUGAUAUGGAACAAAGAACUGUGAAUCUCACAGAUAUUAAGAUUCAAAAUGAUCCUUCUUGGGCUUAUGCACCCGAGGAUAUGUAUUUUGGAGUGCAUUUAAGUGAGAGUUCAACAAGUACUCAGAAAUCAAAAUAUGUGCUCAAUAGUUUUGAAUUCUCAAAUAUUCAAGCUAAUUACUUAGAGUUGAUAAAAAUUCAAGGAAACGGAGUUUCUCAAUGAGAACUGUCAGAUAGUUCAUUCGUGAACAUGAAAACAAAACUUGAGUUGCUCAAGAUUUCUGGAUGACAAGGUAUACCAAAAAUGAUCAACAACUCUUUCAGCAAUGUCACAAUGAUGCAGAAUGGCCUGAUCUAUUAUGAAACCAUCGAUGGAGGAAUUUUCGACUCUAUCACUCUGAAUGAUGUGCACCUUCUCGGAUCAUUAAAAAUGAAUCUGAUCACUUUUAUUAGCUAUGGAGCAGGCCAACUCCAUAUCAAAAAUUUCGACUAUCUCAAAGGAAGCAUUCACGACCAAAAGACCCUCAUCAGCCUCUCAAAUCCCACUGGAGAAACCCUACUAUCCACCGCAACCAUCACCAACGUUUCCUCCAGCUUAUCCUCCUCCUAUCUAAAGCUGCUCAGUUCCAAAAACUCAACCCUCUCCUCCAUCAUCUUCACGAACGCUUCUACCUCCUCAGACUCGGACACGACCAACAUCCUCCUGAACCUUAUUGAACUCUCCUCACCUAGCACAUCCACAAUCACGUUCAACUCAGUACAAGCUGUGAAUUGCAAGACCAGUGUGAUAAGUAUCCACAAUUCUCUUCAGUCAACCCCUAUUGACCAGUUCAUCACUAUAAAUGACCUUGUCAUCAGAGAUCUGUAUUAUCCAAAUCCUCCUUAUAUUAUUACGAAUGGCGAGAUCUUCUCGACGAAGGUGUUCAAAGUAGUCUAUAAUAGGCUAGUGAUAGAGAAUGUCUAUUAUGAAAAUAUUAUUAAUAUAGCAAGCUUCUCACAUAAGACAGAUGAGUUCUUGGAAUUUAAUGAUAGCAUCCUGAAGAAUAUAUCCAAUUGUGGUCUCGCAGGAAUGUAUGGAAGUCAGCGAGGUACAGGGAUCACAACAAGAAUACUGUUUAAUAAUUUGACUAUUGAAGAUAUGUACUACCACUUUUUCUCACUUUUUGGAAUCUUGACUAAUGCUGACCUCAGGAUAAUUAAUUCUAAGAUUGUCAGAACUACUAGUAUCUUUGGUGCAGCUUUAUUAUGGGGAGAUGGAACUAAUGCUAAGGUUUCAAUAUAUGAUACUCUGUUCUUCAAGAAUGGUGGAAUAAAUUCAGCGUUAUUUUAUCUUCAAAGAAGCUUAACUGUUCAUUGAACAAGAUGAAACAUAACAGAGAACUUUGCUAUAAGCCAUACAAUUGCUUCGAUGGAUGGUGGAGCUUCUGUAGAAUUCUAUGAUAGUGACAUAACAAAUAAUUAUGCUUUCAAUAUUCCUUUCACUGACUUCCCACUUGCUAAAAAGAAGAGUAUCAUUAACCACUGCAGAAUUAGCAAUAACACAGUUCUAUCCAAAGAGUAUAUAAAGGAAGUACUGAUGGUUGAGGGUGGCUUUAAUCCAAACUAUGCUGCAAAUAUUAGGUCAAAUGAUGGAUAUUUCAUAGCUGAUGAAAUUUUUGAUGCGGUAAUUGUAACACAAAUGGGGGAGAUAGAAAUUGGAAACGGGACUAUAAUCUCAGAUCAAGCAAUGAUAGUUAGAGCAGUUGACUCAAACAUAAUUAUGAAUGGAGUUCAGAUCCUUAAUAUUAAUACUAACAAAACUUUCAUUGUAUCUGUUCAAGGUAAAAUCUCAAUGACUGAUGUGACGAUUGAGAAUUUUACUAUGAUAGGGAAUUACGAUCUUCUGAAUGCUCUUGACUCUGUUGUAAAUAUCAAUAAAGUGAGCUACAAAAACUCAAAGGCUCAAUUCAUGACAAGUUCAUUCUGUGAACUCAGUAUUGAUGAUUUUACUUCUGAAGAAGUCAGUAGUAUUACAUAUCUAUUCAGAAUAAUCUCAAGUAGUGGAAUUAUUAUGAGGAACAGUAAGUUCAGAUCGAUAUCUCCAAGCAGCACUUUGUUUGAUAUUUACUACUCAGACAUUGAACUGAUCGAAAAUGUUAGCAUAUCAGAGGUAACAAAUUAUGUGAUGGAAAUCUCCUUAACUGACGUGAAGUUGCUUAAGAACAUUACUGUGCAUAACUGCUCUAACUCAGUCUUGAUUAAAGACUCCACAAUUUCUAAUUGGACUGACUCUAAAUUUCAUAAUUGAGGAAAUGAUGAUGUUGAACAAGGAGGCGCAAUGAAUAUUCUUCGGAGUAGUGUUACACUUAGUUAUUCAGAAUUUGUUAAAAAUACCGCAAAAAGUGGAGCUGCGAUUGCAAUUGAUUGUGAAAUAAACUCAAAAUGUGAGAAUAUUCUCAAGAAUACUGUUUUUAGCUCUAAUAUUGCUAAAAUUCAGGGUGCAGGAAUUUAUUACAAUAUGCAUAGACCAAUAAUGAAUGAAAUAGUGUUUACAAAUAAUAGUGCUCCAUAUGGUAGCAAUAUUGCUAGCUUUCCUUACAAUAUUAUCUUCUCAAAAAAUCAGCAAAACAUAGUGACAGUAACCUCUGUUGGGAGCGGAAUUAUAUCUGAUACAAGCUAUAAAGUUAAGAUAAUUGACUAUGAUAAUCAAACAAUGGACUUGAUUAAUACAAGAUCUAUAAAACUACAGGCAGAGAGUUCAGAUACAAGUAUCAGUGUUGGAGGAAUUGAUAACUCAAGGAUCACUAAUGGAAUUGCGGAGUUAUCAAAUUUCACCUUUAUUGCUGUUCCAGGAUCUCAAGGGAUAAGAUAUAAUAUUGUUACCAGCCAUAUUGACUACAAUAAAAUUGAUCUUCUUAGUAAAGCUAUAUUCAAUCCUUUGAAAGCAACAGACAAGAGUGGAUUUUUAGUGGCUUUUAGGUACUGAAAACCUGGAGAGUACCAAACUUCAGAUGGAAAGUGAAAUGAAUGAAGCAUUAAAACCUACUCUCUCGAAUGGAACUCUACAUCUUGAGAUGCUUGAAUGGCAAAUGCAGAGUGCAAAGGCAAAGAUCAUGUAGAAGUGAGUCCUGGAUACUGGAGGAAAAACAUAACUUCUACUCAUGUUGCUCAUUGUCUUAGAGAGAAAUCAUGUCUUGGUGGUUUUAAUCCAAGUAGAGAGAACCCAGUUGAUUGUGAAAAGGGAUAUGAAGGCUUUUUAUGAACCAAGUGUUCAGUCUCAGAAAAUGAAAAAUAUCAUCCAUCUACUAAUUUUGAAUGCUCAAAAUGCCCUUCUCCAAUCUUAAAUGCUUUUGAAUUCGUUGGAUUUCAGAUCAUUGCCCUUGGGUUCAUAUACUUCAUUGUGAUCAUUAAUAUUAGGAAGAAAGGUGAAAACCAAUUAUCAAUAUUAUUGAGGAUCUUUACAAAUUACUCCCAACUUAUCGCUGCUAUUCUAUCAUUCAAUAUCAAGUUUCCAAACAUCUUUGAGGAUGUCUCUUCACAAUCUGACAGAGUGAGUUCACCAGAGAGGACUUUCUUCUCUUUUGAUUGUUUCAUUGAUAACAAUGAGAUUAGGAUGUUUGCUCCCUCAAAUGAAUUGUUCAAGCUUGUCUUAUACUUGCUCCUGCCUAUUUUCUUGCUGAUAGUGCUGAGCAGUGGAAUUCUUCUCUACAGAUUGGUCAUGCAUUUUAUCAAGCCUGAAAUGACUCAUGAUUUGAAGAGAUAUAUUGCAAUAUCUUUCAUCUGCAUCAUAUUCAUCUUCCAUCCAACGAUGACAUUCCAAUCCUUGAGAGUAUUCCAGUGAGCUAUUGUUGACAAAGAUGACUCCAGGAUGAUGAUGCACAUGGACUACAAGUGUUUUUCAGGAGAUCAUCUCAAAUGGAUAUUCCUUGUUGGAUUCCCCAUCUUAGUCAUAUGGGUGAUUGGAAUGCCAGUCAUAGCCUUAAUUAUUUUGUACAAAAAGAGAAGCACUUUAGAUAAUCCCCAAAAACAGAAAUAUCUUCUUCUCUUAUACCAAGGGCUGAAGAAUGAUGCCUUUUAUUGGGAGCUUGUUAAUACUUUCAGGAAAUUUCUUGUGCUGUCUUUUAACGUAUUUUUGAGCACAUAUGACCCAUACUACAGAAUCCUUGGAGCAAUCAUUUCGCUUGUAAUCUUGAUGAGAAUCCAGGAAAGGCUGAAGCCUUAUAAAAAGGAUUCGAAUAAUAGAAUUGAGGUCAUUGGAGUUGCAGCAGGAAUUCUUACCCUAUACUGAACCAUUGCAUUUGUGACUCCUGAAAGAAGGCUCAAUUCAGUUUAUUACGGCAGUCUCCUACUAUUGUUCCUGGUGAAUGCAUAUUUCUUAGUGAAUUGGCUUUAUUAUGUCUUAUGUUACUUGGAUUAUAAGCACCCAUCCUUUGUGACUUUUAUGAGGAUUUAUAGCUUUGUUUUAUGAAAGAAAGGAAGUCAAUUUAAUCAAGAAAUCACAGAAAAAAAGCUCAUUACUCAUAAUUCAAGGAAGAAAGUGAUACGAAAUAGGAAAAAGAAAGGAGUUACAAUAAAGAAAUCUACCAAAAAACUUAAUCUCAGCAAAAAGUCUCUUCUCAAGCGUAACAACUCAUUCUUUCAGCACAAUUGAAAGGCAAAUGAAACAAUAUCUAAAAUGAACCCAACAAGCAUGUCAAGAGUUGAGAAUACCUCUGAAGUGAUGGUUAACCCAUCUGAGGUAAAUUAUGCUAAAACUCUGAAAAAACCUAACAAAUAUCAAAUUUGCUCAGUUCAGAAAGUAAAAGAAUAAUUAUUCAAAUAAGGUUUAAAAGUUGUGC